AUGCAACCAACUACACAAGCGACCAAAAAAGAUACUUCUUCCGAGAAGAAGGACAACUUCAUGCUUGGAGGUUCGACGUCCUAUUACGGCUGUGUUAUCGCUUAG